AACCCAACCUAACCUCGAAAGCAGACGACUCGUCCGACUCGUCGUGUCAGCGGGCAGCUUGUGAUUUUUGGCACGUAAACACGGCGAGGAUUAAUCAACAGAAUUGCACUACUUAUGGGUAACGAGAAGAGCGCCCUGGGCGGGCUGGAGAUCGACGAAAAGGCCGUCGAGAUCACGGACUUUUGGCUACAUCACAGCGCCAGCUUGAGUGAACCAUGUCAGCAAACGUUAUCAGUAUUUGUCAGCGAGCCAUCAUUGCACUCAGGUGCGAAUUUCGGCAAGCCGUCACCCCUGGAGAAAGCUGCUAAGCACCUCAUGCUGCAUCGUCAUCCCUGUAUAUUGAAAUACGUUGCAUCCUGGCACAAGGGUAGCAAAUUCUUCCUGGCAACGGAGGAAGUCAAGCCACUUGUCCAGGUGAUAGGAAUGCAAACUACACUGCAGAUUUGCAUUGGACUGCACAACAUCUUACGUGCCCUGAUUUUCCUCCACGAAAAAGCGCUCGCUUCUCACAACAAUGUUUCUAACAGCGCCAUUUAUGUCACACCUGAUGGAUUCUGGAAAUUAGGGGGGCUGGAAUAUUUAUGCCGAUUCACCGAACUGACUCCUGCUUAUUUACAAAAAACUAGAAACUACAGAUAUGAAAAGGCAAUAUCGCCCGAGGAGGAUGGUGGAAAAUCUGCCGUUCUCAUGGAGCCUUCUGCCAUCGAUCAGUUCGCAUUUGGAGUAUUGGCAGAGGAGGUCUUGAGACAGAAAAGCGACGAAGAUGUCCCUGCCCUGGCAGAAUUCAAGGAGUUAUCAAAGAAGCAUUUGCAAAAUGCCGAUCCGACAUUGAGAACCAAACUCUCGUCCGUCCUAGUUCACCCGUUCUUCACACAUGAAUUUAUAACAAUACACAGUUUCCUCAUGGAAUUACCAUUGAAAAGCGAUACAGAGAAGCAAGAUUUUUUCUCAAAUCUGGUGGUCCAAUUGAAAAAAUUUCCAGAAAAAAUCGUCGCUGAACAACUUGGUGUAUUGCUCCUCUCUAGAAUGGUUCUCCUCGAUUCUACUGCCCAAUCUAAACUGCUACCAUUCGUUUUGACGCCAAAAGUUACAGAUGACAAUAACGAGUCAGAUCUCCUCUUCACGCUCUCAACGUUCAAGAGAUACCUGAUACCGAAACUUCUGCAGAUGUUUUGCGUACGCGAUGCCCAAAUCAGACUUCUGCUUCUAUCCCACUUCAAUUCUUUCGUUACUGCGUUUCAGCUAGACGAACUGAAACAACACGUUUUACCGGAACUGCUGGUCGGUAUUAAAGACACAGACGACCAUUUAGUCAGCACGACACUGAGAGCCCUGGCCGAUCUCAUUCCCCUGUUGGGUUCGGCAACUGUAAUUGGUGGAAAUAGGGGGAAACUGUUCACAGACGGACGGCCAAAGAAGGCCCCCAGACUAAAAGAGGCUAAAGUACGACCAGCAGCAACGAACGGUGUGAGUGUGCCCGAUGUUUUGUUGCAAACCAAAAUGGCAGUCCUGGAAUUACCGGAAAGACCGUCUCCGGACGGCGGAGAGGAUCGAAACGAUUUGAACUCCACUUCUCACGACGAAGACGGAAACUGGUCAGACUGGGACGCUCAGGAAUCCGCCAACCCAGGAGCGAAUCCUAGCGAACUAAGAGUUGCUGAAGACGACGAGAAUCCGUUGGAAACGACAACGCAGGAAGCAACGAGAGCACAUUCCAAAGACUCGGCAUCUGUUAGAGCGGAAACCCCAAAAUACUCAAAGAAAUCGAUGAUUUCCGAUAUAUCAGAGCUGGAUAUAAAGAACUCGAAACCUAUGCACAUACCGAAGGAAGAGAUCGACUUUUUUACUGACAUGGAACCUGUGAUUAAAAAAACUCAAGUUCUGCAUAUAGAUGAAAGUGCGGCGGUAGCGUCGAACAGUAUGUUCGAUGUAAAAGCGGUCGAAGUAGCACUUGACGAAGGUAACGGUGAUGACGGGUGGGGAGACGAUUUGAAUGAUUGGGGAGCAGAGGACGCGCCUCACACGAGGAAUUAACGGUCACGCAAAUAGAUAGAUACAUACCUAAAAUUUUCCUGCUCUUUCUCUUUUCCUUUUUUAUAUCUGUACAUUCGAAUUUUCCUGGUGAAGGAUAAUGCAGUAUAAUAUAAUUUUAAGUCAUGUACAUACAUGUAAUUGUUAAAUCACAACUAUGCCAUAUGGAAGACUUUUGAGAUUGUCAUUGUAAUUCAUUUAUAUCGCAAAAAUUCUUGUAUCCGCGAUUGCGUUAUUAUCGAAGACCUGAUUAUUUC